AUGCGUUAUUUCAAAAACCCCUACGUUGGACCGCUAGGCGAAGUUCCUAGUGAAACUCCACUUCCUUCCGUUGAUGACUUAGCGCAAUGGGCUUCUGACAUGGUGAAAGAAUCCUUCCAGAUAUCAUGCCGUAAAAUUUCUAUUCACGAUGGGGGCCUUUAUGUCGGUGGCAUCGGUGUGGCCUGGGCUGCUCUUCGGGUAAUGCAAAGACUAGGGGAAAGGGGCUUUGAAACUUUCCUCCCGCAAGUUCGUAAGUACAUCGAAGGAGUUGUCAAUAAGGCUGCACGGGAUGGGCCACGCGAUAACGAAGAGCGUCUCUCUUUCCUCCUUGGCAUGCCUGGCAUGUGGCUUACCGUGGCUUGCCUCUAUCAGAUGUCUGGCGAGAUCGUUGAACGGGACCGUUUUUUGGGACUGUAUGCGCAACUUGCGCCAGUGUUUGCCUCCCUUCAGUCAGGAAACGCAAAAACCAUAUUUCCUCAGGGUUCUGAUGAGUUUUUUAUUGGUCGCGCAGGUUACUUGUGCGGUUUGCAUGAACUCCGCAAAAUUACGUCUGAGGAGGUUGUCUCGGACGAGACGAUUUUUGCCAUCUGCGAUGCCAUAAUCGACUCAGGCACUGCCUAUGCCAAAAAGUACCAUUCACAGUGCCCCCUUAUGUUUGCCUAUUACGGAACCGAGUACUUGGGGGCAGCGCACGGACUGGCAGGCAUUCUCUUCGCUUUAAUGCUCUUUCCUCGAUACUUACAAACUCACAAAGUGGCCGCAGAGGCAGUGCGGGCAGCAGUGGACUACCUGAUUGCAGUUACCCCCUCAGAUACUGGCAAUCUGCCCACUGCCACUGACGAACUUCCGCCAAAUCGCCGUCCUGUUUCUGAUGAGCUCGUUCAUUGGUGCCACGGUGAUGCCGGUGUGGUCUACGUCUACGCAAGGGCAUAUGUUUUAUGGAAGGACGACAAGUAUCUCCGUGAAGUCGCCAGGUGUGCGGACGUCACUUGGCACAAGGGUCUACUAAAGAAGGGUCCUGCUCGAGCUCUGCUGAACCGAGCAGGUAUUAGACGCCACGGCCUAGUUCACCUUGCACAUGUCGCCUGUCGAUAUGAUGAAUGGACGUGUUGUGAUCUGGCAGGUCUGUGUCACGGCGUGGCGGGCAGUGGGUACACACAAUUGGUGGCUCUACGUGCAACAGGAGAGCAGCGCUAUGCGGAGCGUGCUCGCGCCUGCGCUGCUUUCCUCUCUUCUGAGGUCUUCCUUAGCGGAGCUCGGAGGCCCGACAAUCCUGCUUCACUCUUUGAGGGUCGCGCCGGCACUUCCCUCUUCCUCGCUGAUCUCACCCAUCCCGAACGUGCUGCCUUUCCUUUCAUGGACCCGUUUGAGGACUAA